AUGGCUGGUGUUAGUCUUUCAAUCCCUCGUGUUUUAGCCAGCCCAUCAUCAGACUCACCCAAGGUCUCCUCAUGGGUGAAGAUGCCUACAACUACAAGGAUGAUGAGCUCAGGAAGGAUGUAUUUGAUGCCGGUGAGGGCGGCACCUGAAAGUUUGUCGGAAAAGAUAGCCUCCAGCAUCGAGAACGCCAAGGAGUCAUGUGCAGAUGACCCUGUCAGCGGUGAGUGUGUGGCGGCGUGGGAUGAAGUGGAAGAGCUGAGUGCCGCUUCUAGCCAUGCCAGAGACAAGGCGAAAGACGCCGACCCCUUGGAGACUUACUGCAAGGACAACCCAGAGACCGAUGAGUGCCGUACGUACGACGAUUAA